GGAAACAACAGCGAUGGAUUAAGCGCUAUGUCUAUGUCUGUGCUGGCUGGCGAGAUUCAGGCUGCUAGUGUCACAAUAACUGCCUUAAAAUGAGAUAUUACGUAUAGAAUUAGGGAUGCUUGAUUUUAUUGCGAAGGAUUAUGCAGUGACAUAAAGUGUUUUUGUAAGAUGCCUUUCCGAGCAUAUUGUACAAUUUGCUCGGAUUUCUUCGAUCACUCCGCAGAUGUUGCUGCCAUCCACUGCGGACACACUUUCCACAAUGCGUGCCUUCUCCAGUGGUUUCAGACAGCCCCCACAAAAACCUGUCCCCAGUGUAGGAAACAGGUCAGCACCAGACACAUUAUCAGCAAGCUGUACUUUGACAUUGGCGAAGAUGGGGGAGGCACAGCGGACCCGGGAACCUUGCAGAAUGAACUGGAUCGCACAAAGGUCCUUUUAAGCUUGAAAGAGAAAGACUGCCGGGACAAACAGAAGCAGGUGGACGAUUUAAAGGGCACUGUGGACAAGCAGAGGAGGGACUUGGACAAUGUGCAGAAAGAGAUGACAAAAAAGGAGACACUCUGCGCUGCUCUUAGAAAACAGAUGAUGUACCUGGAGAUACAACAGAAUGAAGUUCAAGCUACCAAGGAUGAAGUCUACAGACUCAGGACCAAACUGAAAACAUUUGAAUGCCUGGACAUACUGUUACAGGGUCAGAGAACAGAGGUAGAGUCCAUGAUCACCGAUAUGGGCAUCAGCCAGGCUGCUGUGGAGCAGCUGUCCAUCUACUGCAUCUCUCUAAAAAAAGAGUAUGAUAAUCUAAAAGGAAGCCUCAAGUCUUCAAAUGACAUGUGUGAGAAGCUGAAGCGAGAAGUGCUGUCCUCAAACAACAAGUUACAAAAGGCCACUAUCGAGGUGAAUCAGACCAAAGAGGACAUGAAGUCUGUCCAGAACGAUUUGGCCAAUGCUGACAAAGAGAUCACUAGCCUGAAAAAGAAGGUGGAGUUUCUACAAAAGACUCUGAGUACACCGACACGGACGAACGAAGCUCUCAGUCGGCUUGUCUUUGAAAGCCCGGCGCCAGUGGAGCUGAAGCAGCCUCACCUCCACCACCCUGCAGACGGCAAGGACAUUGAUCUCAAUGUGACGUAUGACAUCGGUACACCAGACAUCGUGGCCAAGAAACCAGCGCUGUGCCCAACCAAGAAGAUGCGACUUGACCCUCCACUAACUAUGUCCAAACAGAAUGAGAGAAGUUUGUCUUCAACCAAACCUCGAGAUGAGGAUAGAGCCAUCGAUCCUUUGCUGAGGAAUUCCCUCCUCUUCAGAAAGAAGACGUUGGGUAGCAUGUUGGACCCUCAGGGGAAGCCUGGAGUUGUGAAAACUGGUUAUGAUGGACUGGGAGGACGAACUAAAUUUAUCCAGCCUUCUCCUUUAUCAGAGGUUCGCCUACUGAUGAAAGCUAAAAGGAGAAAUGUCACCAGGCCUCCACCCAAGGUUGCAAAUUGUGUGACUAUAGACGACUUCCUGCAGUGAAUUUUGAACAUCUCCUUCCCCAGAUGUCAGGUCAAAGGUUAGGAUGCUGCUUGUGAAGUAGCACAUCGGUGCAGAUUCACAGCGUUUGUCGCUCAGCACCAAACCAGACUUUCUUUCUGAUGGAAAGUUGGAACUACGGUGAUAGGUGCUGAGCUUUUAGUGAGAACCUGCUGUACUCUGUGUGUGUGUGUGUGUGUUUUAAAACUCCUGCUAAAACCAACUCAAACAAUAAACUUUUUUUUAAU